AUGAAAGAAACUAAUCAAGACAAAAUCCUCAAAGAUGGCAUUGAAUCAAAUUACCUCUUGACCGAAGCUACCCUGGCAAAACAUGACUUACUUACUGGACUUGUGGAGAUUGUGAUCGCUACUGAGUUUGGAAUUGGCCGCUACAUUUGUCAGAACGAAACAUGUGACCACCGUACAUUCUAUCAAAGGUGUCAUGCUACACAAGAUGUCAGAUGCUUUAACUGCAACGACCUAGUUCGUUAUCCAUACAUUCAUCCGAAAUUCCGAAAAUCUGAACACAAGCGCAAACGCAAACCAUUAGAUCCAAAUGCCAAACCAUUUGUACCACCUCAUCCAACGGUUCCUUUGCUACCACCAUUUAUCCCUCCUAUUAUUUUCUACCAACAAGCUGCUAUUCCUCCACAAGCUGCUAUUUCUCCACAACUUCUACAACGAAAUCAGGCCCAGACGAGAAAAGUACGGAAGAAGAUAGUUAAGAAAAAGAUGGUUAUCAAUCCAAGCACACCACAUGUAUCGACUGGAUCCACAAUUGGCACGUUCCUCACACAAAGUAUGGCUUCAGAUUUUGACGUUGACCUACAAAAUCCAGACUCUGAUUCUGAUGAAGAAGUCAUCCUACCCAGCAGUGAUUCUGACUCUAGCAGCGAUGAAGAAAAGGAACCAUCCACUGCAUCCUGUCAAUCAGAUGACGAAUCAGAAGUGGAAGUAGACUCAAUGGCACCAAUGUAUCCUUCAGAUUCUGACUCAGAUAGCGAAGGUAACGAAGGUAACGACCAUCGCAAGCGUACAGUGGCCUCUGAUACCUCUGAUAGCAGCGACACUGAUGAAGAUGAUGCCACAGCACCCUCCGAGUCAAGUUCUGGGAAGCUCUCCUCUCAAGCAUCCACCAUGCCAGACUCAGGGAUCGGUACUGCUAGCGACACAGAUUCAAUGGCUUCUGUUGAUGGGGCAAAGCCUGUUUCAAUUGCUUCAAGUGAUGUUAAGUUCAGUGUUCUGAAUAUUGCUGAUGUUAAGCUAAAUUAUCCUGGAGUCCUAUUUUCAAAAACAUGUUCCCAAAAGCAAGUUGAUCACGACGGUGCAGUCAUAAUUGGAGAAGGAAUCACGGCCUGUUUGAAGGGGCCCUUUAAGCUGCGUCGUGGCUAUGUACCAAUUAGCCCUGUGUACCUGCUCUACCCACCAUGCGUAUUCCAUAGAAAAGUUCAGCUGAAAAUAAAGACUUUCGCCGUUAUCGAGGAUGCAGAUGAACUUGCCUUUUUCACCAGUUUUGAUACACCUGACAUUCGUAAUGAAGUAUCAAGAUGGAAAUUUGUCCAAGACGAUUCUGCUGAAGUUCACACUGUGCCAGGAGAACAGGAAGUAGUUGUGGAUGUGGGCCACUUCUGCUUUGGAAUACUAGCAAGACGCAAGAGGAGAAAUCAGAAGAAUUUCUAUAUGGUCUGCCUUCACAAGCCUGUUGUCCUCCUGCCAAUUUGCCAUGCCAUCUUUGCAGUUUCCUUAGAUCAUGAAGUCUACCAGAAGAGUUUGGAAACCUAUCUGAGCAAGAUGUAUGGAAGUGAAGAAUUUGAGAACAUUCAGUGUCAUACCCAAUUGUCAGAAGACGAGAUUGAGCUUACAAUACCCCAAACCAUUGAAGACACCACCAUCACACCAGCCAUAAGCCCUUGUGUUAUCCAACGAGAUGUCAUUGAUUUGCCGCUUAGGAAUAAAAGAUACAAACAAAUGACCUUAAGUUACCCCCCACGGAUUGUGCUAACCAUACAACGCAACCAUGGCACUCCUGAGCGGUUGCGACCACUGGAGUGUGCGUUUGAAGUUCGAGGAACAAACCCAGACGGACUAAAGUUCAAUCUAUCAGUUCCACCUUCCAGAUCUCCUUCCCUGUCGUCACGCUCAUCUCAGAGUGAAUCAGUUGAAGUUGCAACCUCUGUGACAUGCAAUGAUCUGAUUCAACGUACUGGUGUUACACAGCAAGACCUGGAAAGAGAAUGCUCACCAAAAAAACUCAGAACAUUAAGUGAACACAUUUUUAACUGGAAGAUACUGGCUGAUGACUUAGAACUAAGCCCCACUGACAUCUUUGCUAUUAAAACCGAUCCAUUCGCUGCAAAAUAUGGUGCACGAGAAGUUUUGAACAGGUGGCACGAGAAAAAUGGUUUCAAUGCCACCUACAAGAUAUUGGUCGAUGUUAUGCUCCGACAAUCAAAUGUGUCACUUGCACAAAAUAUAUGUAUUCUAGCAAAAGAGUUGUGAAGUGCAGAAAUUUAUCAUGUGUGCAAUGUGUGCAAUGUGUGCAGUGUGUGCAAACUUUUUUACAUUUUUAUUUUGUAAUUAUUUUUGUUGUCAUAAUUAUGCUGUUCAA